GUUCUCCUGUCGGUCCAUGAGUUUGGGUGUGACGGCUGUUAGUGAGACAAUUGGUCAGAGAUCAAGAAUUAAACUUUUAUAUAACUUUACUGAUCUGAUCUUUAUUAACUCCAAACCUACAGCAACAUGAAGACGAUAUCUUUGCUCUUUUUCAUCUCUAUAUUUAUCAACAGUGUGUUUGGUGAUGAAUUGAAGUCAGUGUCGGUGAUGGAGGGAGAUUCUGUUACUCUACACACUGAUUUUACUGACACACAGGCAGAUGAUGUGACAAUAGUAUGGACAUUUGGGCCUCAAAAAUCUACCAUAGCUAAAAUCAAUAGAGAACCCAAAGGCAAUAAGAUCUCAAUAUAUGAUGAUAUUCUUGAUGGGAGAUUCAUAGACAGACUCCAGCUGAAUAAUCAGACUGGAGAUCUCAACAUCACAAACAUCAUAACUCAACACACUGGAGUAUAUGAAGUAAAGAUUACUGUCAGAAGUAAAAUAAUACAAAAGCGGUUCAAUGUUAAUGGUGUGAUUAACCCAGGAUCAGAUCAACUAAAGUCAGUGUCAGUAAAGGAUGCAGAUUUUGUUACUCUACACACUGAUGUUCUUGAUAUCAAGAAAUAUGAUGUGAUACAGUGGAGAUUUCAAGGAAGUCGUAUAGCUCAUUUCAAUAAAUCAGCCAGUGAAAUAUCAGAAGAUGAUGACAUUCAUGAUAAAAGAUUCAGAGACAAACUGCAGCUGGAUGUUCAGACCGGAUCUCUUAAAAUCAAGAACAUCAGAAUGGAUCUCUCUGGACUUUAUGAAGUAGAGAUCAGAAGCACCAGCAGCAGUUAUACCAUACAUCAGUCAUUCACAGUUACUGUCAGUGGUGAAGUGAAGUCAGUGUCAGUGAUGAUGGGUGAUCCUGUCACAAUAUACACUGAUGUUCCUGACAUUACAACCUAUGAUCAGAUACUGUUGAUCUUUGGGUAUGAUGACAGGAUUGCUGAAGUAAAUAAACAUAACGAACAAUUCACUCUUUAUGGGAGAAUCAGAGACGGACUGAAGCUGAAUGAUCAGACCGGAGAUCUCACCAUCACAAACAUCAGAACUGAAGAUACUGGACUUUAUGAACUGAAGAUGAGUAGCAGAAGACGAACCAUUCAGAGGAGAUUCAGUGUUAGUGUCAGUGAGCAAGGUCUGUCUCCAGGUGCUGUAGCAGGAAUAUAUGUUCUCUUCAUCCUACUUGCUGCUGCUGCUGCUGGUGGUGCUGCUGCUGGUGUGAUUUACUAUCGCCGUAAGAUCACUGAAGCAAAACAACAACUGGAUGAAAUACAACCAUUGAAAGUGUAUGAGGGGAAAUCUGCUGAUCUGAAGACUGAAGUUAAAAACAUACAGGGAGAUGAUCUGAUAGAGUGGAGAUUUAGAGAAACUCUCAUAGCUCAAAUCAAUCCUGCAAACAAAAGCCCCAGUACAUCUGAUGAUGAUCUAUUCAAAGAUAAAAUGAAGCUGAAUCCUCAGACAGGAGAUCUCACCAUCAAUGACAUCAGUGAGGAACAUGAUGGAGUUUAUACACUGAAGGUCAUCAGAGAUGGAAAAACCUCAUUCAAGAGAUUCAAUGUGUUUGUCAGAGAUGAAAUAAAAACAUUGGAAGUGUAUGAGGGAGAAUCUGCUGAUCUGAAGACUGAAACUGACAUAAAGAGAGUUGAGAAGAUAGAGUGGAGAUUUGAAGAAACUCUCAUAGCUGAAAUCAAUCCUGGAAACAAAAGCCCCACUACAUCUAAUGAUGAUCUAUUCAGAGAUAAACUGAAGCUGAAUCCUCAGACUGGAGAUCUCAACAUCAAAGACAUCAGAGAGGAACACACUGGAGUUUAUAAACUGAAGAUCAUCAGAGAUGGAAAAACAUCAUACAAGAGAUUCACUGUGUUUGUCAGAGCUUGUGCAGGUAAAGUGAAGCCAGUCUUAGUCAAUGAGGGGGAGUCUUACACACUGAAGACUGAUCUUACUGACAUAAAGAGAGUUGAUCUGAUGGAGUGGACAUUUGGAGAUGAUAAAACUCUCAUAGCUAAAAUCAAUCCUGCAAACAAUAUCUUCAGAAUAUAUGAUGAUGAUAAUGAUCUAUUCAGAGAUAACCUGACGGUAAAUUCUAAGACUGGAGAUCUCAACAUCAAUGACAUCAGAGAGGACCACACUGGAGUUUAUACACUAAAGAUCAUCAGAGGCGAAGAAACCUCAUACAAGAGAUUCAAUGUGUCUGUCAAAUAUGAGAUAAAACCAUUGCAAGUGUAUGAGGGAGAAUCUGUUCAUCUGAAGACUAAAGUUAAAGACAUACAGAGAGUUAAGAAGAUAGAGUGGAGAUUUGGAGAAACCCUCAUAGCUAUAAUCAAUCCUGUAAACAAUAUCUUUAGUACAUAUGACGGUGAUAAAGGUCUAUUUAGAGAUAAACUGAAGGUGAAUCCUCAGACUGGAGAUCUUAAGAUCAAAGACAUCAGAGAUGAACAUAAAGGAUUUUAUAAACUGAAGAUCAUCAGAGAUGGAAAAACCUCAGACAGGAGAAUCAGGGUGUUUUUCAGAGCUUCCAAAAAAGAGGAUUCAGUGAAGGUAGAGAUGGAGCCGUUGUUGAAUAAUAGCGAAUAUGUAAUACUAUGGUGCAAGUUCACGGACUGCACAGGGAUGAAUCAAACAAACGUGCAAGGACAUUUAAUGAGUUUGGCUGUGGAUGCUUUGGAAGUUCUUCAUAAAACUGUUUGAGUAGAGAUAAAUUGAUGAUCAGAAUUAAGACCAUCUCCAGAAGAGUGAGCAAUAUUUGUGUUGUUUUUGAGUCUUAAGUAUUUUAAGAGUUUGACUUCUUUCAAUGCUUAUUUUAAGUGUACUGUAUGUUAAAUUGUUAGUCAUUACCUGCAUUAGCAGUUUUGAAAUGUUGAUGAUUAUUUUAGAAUUGAAAGUGUUAUAAAUUGACAAAAAAGUAUUCUGAUAUAUUGAACCUUUACAGUUUUUAUUUCAUUUUUCAUAUUGCACCUUCUUCAUGUUUUGUGAUGUUACAGAUGAAUGAACUGUUGAAUAUUUAUGCUGAAAACUGAUAUUUACCGAACUAAAAUUAUUUUGCUUUUAUCGGUUUUCAAUUUAAAACAAAUAUAUUAUUUAAGUAAAUUACAAUUAAGCAUUAAAAGUAUAAUUAUUACAUAAUAAGGUACCAGUCCAGUACCCAUUAAAAACCCAUACUGGGCCCUGGUAAAUAAUGUGGGCUUCAUUAGGUGGGGCCAAUAUGGGCCCUAUGUGUGUUGCCCAGCUGGGCCCCACACACUGAAAAAAGUCUAACAUUGCUGUUGUUGGUUUAAUGUGUAUUUUCUCGUUGAAAUAGCUUAAAAUUAUUAGCUUUUUCAUGUAAAGUAAAUGUUUUAGUUUAUAUUUAUGGUUGAAUCCAAUUUUUUUACAUGGAUACAAUAUGAUUUAGCAACGAAACAUUAAAUUGAAUUUAUUCAUUUGAUCAGAGCAUUUUUAUUAGAUUAAGCAUGAUUUGCACAUGCGCAUUGUUGAGUUGGAGAUCCCGCUCUCUGACCACCUGACCUGUUUAAAUAAAGGAUUUUAAAAAAGUAUGUUACAGUUGAACUGUCUGUUGACCCUUACG